CUUUUAAAUCCGUCGUCCUUCUAGCUAGUGUUGCCCACCUUGAUUUGCUCGUACUUUGAUUCUUUCUGCCUCUGCGUACGUGCGUGAGAGAGCUAAGCAUAGAGCUAGUGGAGUGGACCGGCCUCACUCGAUCUCAGUUCUCGAUCGAUCUCUUCUUCGUCUUCUGCGUCGUCGUCGUCGUCCAGCGGUGAGCUAUCAGGGUAGCAGCCAUGGCCGGAGUCGGGAGGAACAUGCUGGCGCCGCUCUUGGUGCUCAACCUCAUCAUGUACCUCAUCGUCAUCGGCUUCGCGAGCUGGAACCUCAACCACUUCAUCAAUGGCCAGACCAACUACCCAGGCGUGGCGGGCAACGGCGCGACGUUCUACUUCCUGGUGUUCGCCAUCCUGGCCGGGGUGGUGGGCGCGGCGUCCAAGCUGGCGGGCGUCCACCACGUGCGCGCGUGGCGCCACGACAGCCUCGCCACCAACGCGGCCUCCUCCCUCAUCGCGUGGGCCAUCACCGCGCUCGCCUUCGGCCUCGCCUGCAAGGAGAUCCACAUCGGCGGCCACCGCGGGUGGCGCCUCCGCGUGCUCGAGGCUUUCGUCAUCAUCCUCGCCUUCACGCAGCUGCUCUACGUGCUCAUGCUCCACACGGGCCUCUUCGGUGGCGGCGACGGCGCCUACCGGGACCACGACUACGGCGUUGGCGCCGGUGCUGCCGCCGGCGAGCCCAAGGGGACAGCGAGGGUCUGAUCGAUGAUCUCCCCGACACGGGGUCACGCAAGAAUAAACGAUAAUACAUACUUGAUGGUCAUUUUGUGUGUGUGACAGUGUGACUGUGAGGCUCUGCCUCUGUGUGCAGCAGUGCAGUGUAAGCUCUGUGCUCUCGCCUUUAAUUACACUACUAGUUGUUUAGCGUUGUGUGUUGGGUUUGUGUAGCUUGUACAUGUGUGUAUGUGACCGUACCUAGUACGUACUUUGAUCGUAGUAGCUAGGUGUGCACGUCAUGGCCUGUAUUUUGCUCGCAUGGAAGUGCCGUCCUCAAUUAAUUACUCCUUGUCACCGAAAUCGGAUCAUGUUGAAGUCGUUAAUGUUUGUUUUGA